GAUGGAGUCGAAUCUCAAAAUCUUGUGGAAGAACAUUGCAGAUGAUUUGGAAAUGUAUUCUACUGUUUUUAUAUUUUGUAUUCUUUCAAGCCACGAUGCGCGGUGAAUAAUAUAUUGAUUUUGUAGAAGGAUAGGAGACAAAAUUUCAUGUUUAUGAAAAAAUGUAUGACAUAUGUCAUCCUAGUUAUUAUCACUUGUGCAAAUUCGGUUGUACCGAUCCUGUGAAAACAAGUACUGCCUUUUACGUCUACAUUGAAUUGUGUGAAGUGAAACGAUUCUGGGAUGUCAAAUAUAAGUAUAAGGAGGAACUUGAACUCUUCUAUCUCGAGGUCAAAAAAAGGGAACAUUCUUCAAUAGAAAUCUAUAUACCUUGGCCAACCAAAUACAGCAUCUCUAUUGAUAAAAUUGAGAAGAUGCAACAGGCAUUACAAAAUGAACGAUUGACAUUUGUAUUUAAAUCUGAGGAUAGCAGCAGUGUUUUGUAUACAAUAAGUGCAGGUCUUAUAAAGCCAGCAACACCAGAAGCAACUAAGCAAUUGAAAGAAAGAGAAGAGAAGAAAUAUAAUUUGGAGACAGAAAUCCGAAGAAAUACAUCAAACUUAUAUGAAUUAGCAAAAACUAUAGUUCUUGCUCAUGAAACUAAAGAUCAAAAUUCUAAUUCUGGUCCAGGCACUGCUAUAGAAUCAUUGAAUACAGAUUCCAGUUUGGAGAUAUUAUGAUACUUUUCCUAUACAUAAUGUUGAAUUAUCAUGUAAUAUAUAUUUGCUUAUUGUAUUAUUGUGUUUAUUUCUUUUUGAUAUUAUCAUAUUUAUAGCUUAUAUUU